CCGGGGCCGGAUUUGAACCGGGCGGCGGGGAAGUGCCGGCGGCGGCCGCGCAGCCCCCAUGGCCAAGCAGGUGGGCCGGGACCAGCAGGGCAUCACCCUGCGGGGCAGCGCCGAGAUCGUCGCUGAGUUUUUCUCCUACGGGAUCAACAGCAUCCUCUACCAGCGGGGCAUCUACCCCCCAGAGACCUUCACCCGCGUCCAGAAGUACGGGCUCACCCUCCUCGUCACCACCGACCCCGAGCUGAAGAACUACCUCAACAACGUGGUGGAGCAGAUGAAAGAGUGGCUGUACAAGUGCAUCGUGCAGCGCCUGGUGGUGGUCAUCUCCAGCAUAGAGAACAACGAGGUUCUGGAGCGGUGGCAGUUUGAUAUAGAGUGUGACAAAACUGCGAAAGACGAGAGUGCACCGCGAGAAAAAUCUCAGAAAGCUAUUCAGGAUGAAAUUCGAUCUGUUAUCAGACAAAUAACUGCCACAGUAACUUUUCUGCCACUGUUGGAAACUGCCUGUGCCUUUGACUUGCUGAUAUACACAGAUAAAGAUUUGGCAGUGCCAGAAAAGUGGGAAGAGUCAGGACCGCAAUUCAUAGCCAAUUCGGAAGAGGUUCGUCUUCGUUCCUUCACUACUACAAUCCACAAAGUAAAUAGUAUGGUAGCUUACAAAAAGGAUUCCUUCCCCUAAGACGUGGGAAGAGGGUUGUACAUAGUUUCUGUUCAUAGUGUGGCUAAGUCAUGAACAUCACUGCUGUUGCUCAAGUAUGAUACAGAAAAUCGUCAACGUGUUUGGCUAUGAUAAUGUGAUAUUAAUACCAAAGCUGCCAUUGUUUUUAAAGAGGUCUAAAUAAGGUAUUCAUAAUGACAGUUCAGCUCAUACCUAAGUGUAUGAGCUAAACUAAUGGUGUGUUAAACUACCACCUUCACUAGAAAAACUGCCUAAACUGAGGAUCAAUUGCUAGAAUUGUGUUCAAAUCCUGUAAUUUAGUAUUUUAAGAUUAUUAUAAACUGCAUUCUAUUAAGCAGGCUUAAUUCUCUCUGGCACUAAAAAAAGUCUCACUCCUGACAUGCCAGUUCUUCGUGUUAAAAGCCGAGGCUGUUUUAUUAUCAGAAACAAUCCUAAAAUGCAUCAACAGAGCAAUUUUGAAGUUGCUUAUACUUCUUUACAAUGAAAGCAGCAUGGAGCUUUGUAUAUUAGCGACUGCUAGACUCUAGUUCUGGGGAUGGCGUUGUUCUAAGCCGGUGUAUGUCUCGCGUGUCUGUCAAGCAUUUUCUCUGUUUGUAUUCUUGUUUUAUAGAAUAAAGCUUGAAAUCUUAUAGCGUUCUCUAAUUCAGACUCCAGUAAUUCAUACUUUAAAUGUCUUUUUUUAAAUGUAAAACUUUGUUAUAGAACCAAAAGGCAUCCUACUUAAUAUAUUUCCCCACCCCAAUAUUGUUAUCCUGUUUCCUCCAAGUCUCAAAGUAAGUGUUGUGGAUUCAAUAUGGAAUCCAUUCCUGGAUUAA